AUGCCUUAUCGUGCCCCACUGAGGAUCAAAACCAUGGGCAAUCCCACCGUAUUGGAGAAACGCCCACACUCCCCUCAAGUCAAGACACCCUUGGGAGAAGACUUGACCACCUCUCCCGCAAAAAGGCGCAGGGUAUAUUUGGCUGAACAGUAUUUCGGGGACGAGACAGAAAACCCCCCGUCCCCAGCCGUCAUAGACCCCGAAGCCCGAAAACUGGCGGAAACCGUCGCAUUCGUGGAGCGAGCAUUCAGCUCAUGGAAAGCGUUCGAGGAUGAUUUGCUCCCAAUCGAAUGUCAUUGCGCACCCUUGCGCGGUCGUUCCGACUACCGGGUCUGGAGUCGCAAAAUCAAGAUGAUCCUCAAGCGGAACUGUGUUCUAGAUAUUGUGGAAGGCAGAGUCGGACAACUACCUCAGUCGCAUCCCUUGGAUCGCAAUCUUGAAAGACUGAACUCCACUGCAGCCAUGAUCAUCACCAGGAACCUGUCUGCACUCACAAAGCCUAUGGUCCGCACCAUGACCAACCCCCGGGAAAUGUGGGAGAAGCUCGAGAGACACUGCAAACCUUCAGACUGGAGCUUGGCUCAAACGGGCUGGCUGAAGCUGCAAAAUAUCAAGUACAGCCGAUGCUCUGGUGUGCGAGACUAUGUGGAGCAGAUGGAUGAUGCAUGGCGAUCGAUCUGUCUUGACAAGGAUGAGAUGUUCGCGAAUCACGAAGUCGCGCGCUGCACUAGCUUGGUCUUCGCUUUGGAUACGCCGAAAUGGGAAACGUGGAAGACGAAUGUGCUUUCGGGUCGCCAGGCCAAUAUCCCUAGUUGGGCCAACCUGGUGGAUAAGCUGUUCGCAGCGGAGUUCAAAUAG